AUGCCCCAGUUCUAUCAUUUUGGAUUUGAUAAAGCUCCCAAUCCCGUGGGGUCUAAAGCUCUGGAAAAAAUUCAGAGGCCUCAGAAGAAGGCUUACGAUUUGGAACAUGCUGAUUUGAAGCCUCUUAAGUUCCCGAAUUUUAUUAGUCUACGAGAUAUAGUUCCCAUCAGCGGAUUCGACACAGUGUCGUUGCAUGGUAGUAAAUCGAAAGAGGACGGCAGCGAAUUAAUAAGCCCUGAAGAAGACUCUCAAUUCAACAGCGAGGAUUACGAGUUCAAGCAUUAUAUCACCCUUAAUUUAUUUCACGACGACACUGACCCAAUGAAAAGUCUUCUCACAGUUGGAGUUGAAGGUCUUCCAGAUUAUCUUCUUCAUUCCAAUUAUCUCACAGACGAUCUAUUGACUUACACAGUGACUGAGCUCCUCACAUCGGUGUCAGUCAAAGUGAAUCACGAUAAUGUGCAUAUUAACACCAAAUUCAGCUGGACUGCGCUCAAUAACGACACCAUCAACUCCAAAAUAAUAUUCAUCGAAUUUCAUGACCUCUUGACCCUGUAUUUGUUUGAGAAAAUGGUGAACAGUGAGAAUAUAAAGGUCCGUCUGAAACAGACUGCACGCAUGGCAUGUGAGAAGUUGGCGGAUAGCAUUGAAAUCACAGAGAUUGACUCUUUCAAGUUCAACGAACGAUUGAGUCAGAUCGAAAAACAUGAGACUCUACGAAAAAGGGGGACGCAAAAUAUCAAUGGACAAGACCAAGUAUAUAUAGUGGAUUCCAAAGAUCUUGAAGACGUUCCUCCAGAUAUGCUUGAUCUGGUCAAGCAGAAUUUGAUCGAUUUUAGAAUGAGAGUGUUGUACUUGGAAAGUCAGAAGAAAGAGCAGCAAAUGAUUAGGGACAAACAAUUGAGCAAGAUGAAGUUGCGUAGAAUGCUGCCCACGAGCAAUGAUAGGACGGACGACGAGUCUGACGAUGAGAUACAGGACGAUGGAAUUGACGAUGAGGAAUUCAAGAAUCAGCAGGAGACGCAGGCACAGAUAAGGGCAGAAAAAACCUUUUUGAUGCGGAUACAGCAGACACGAAAGCGCGAUGAGGCACGUUUGAAAUCCAUAGAAGCUUUCCACAAGAACAUUGAACACCAUGCAUAUGAAACAGAGUACGUUGUUAGCGCUCGGAAACGCUUCCUGGACAGUUUUGUCAGCGGAAUUAAGGACGCUUCGAACAAGAUCGAUCAGAAUUUCAGCUACUAUGUGAACCAUAGCAAUUACCUUGCUUUCCGGAGCAAGAAGAAACAAGAGGAGGAGCGAAUGGACGCUAUAGACAGAGAUGAGGAAGCAAAGGAACGUGACGCAACUGCCGAGCAAGAAGAGUUCAUGGCCUCGUUCACAAAGAAAUCGGUCAAGAUUUCACUUCGUAAGAAGGGGGAGGCGCCUGCUCUAUCGGAAGAACAGGUGGAAAAGGUCCGGCGCAAAGCAGAAGAGGUUCUUGAAGAGUUUCUUGGUGUUAGAGAGGAGUCGCUGGUGGAUUUCAUUGUCAGCUUCGUUUCCAACAAUUACUACCGUGGCAAGGAUAAUGACGAAUAUCGCGCGUUUGUGUCAGAGUUGGCCGAAACCUUGGAUGAGGACGCAGAAACUGCUGUGGAUCAGGUGUAUAAAUGUAUCACGUAA